AAAAAACCCGAAUCAUAUCCCAAAUCCCGGUCUUGGGGUACAAAACCCUAAUAAUUACCGCUUCGAGAUCUCGCAGCGUCCCAAGUUCCAGGUUUCAGCGAGCAUUCUACAAUGGCUACUAUACCAGUUAAUCCCAAGCCUUUCUUGAACAAUUUGACUGGGAAGCCUGUAAUUGUGAAACUGAAGUGGGGAAUGGAGUACAAGGGCUAUCUCGUUUCCGUUGAUUCCUAUAUGAACUUGCAGCUGGCCAACACCGAGGAGUACAUUGAGGGACAAUUUACUGGAAAUUUGGGAGAGAUUUUAAUCAGAUGUAACAAUGUUCUCUACCUUCGAGGAGUACCGGAGGAUGAGGAAAUCGAAGAUGCUGCUGAAGACUAGAGAGUGAUAGAAGCUGCUAAUGGCUAUGACAUAAACAGAACUCGAAUUUCUACUGUUUUUGUAUCUUCACAUAAAUGUAGGUUUUUUGUAGUCAAUGUGUAGAGAUUUGAAUCAAUGAUGCACUCGCUUGUGAAUAGGGUGCCUAUGUUCAAGUUGUCUGUUAUUUUAUUUUUAUGCUUCUGAACAGGUUAUUUUUCAGUUUAUGCAAUCAACAGUAAUCAAUAUCAUUUAAACACA